CACUUCGCGGCGUGUUUUUGUUUUAGCUUCAGCUUCUUCUUCAACUCACAUAACUAGUUUCGCAGUUCACUUCUCAAUUUCAUCUUCACCAUCAUCACUCACUCACUGCAUCGAUCAUCAUCACAAGAUGGCAGCAGCAUCAGCACAAUAAGAAGUGGAGAAUAAGCAGGUGAUAUUGAAAGGCUACAUCGAUGCAAUUCCACAAGAAACUGACAUGGAACUCAAAGUUUCCAAAAUUCACCUCACCCUUCCUCCCUCUGAAUCAGGAUCAGCUAUUCUCGUCAAGAAUCUAUAUCUCUCUUGUGACCCUUACAUGCGUGGUCGCAUGCGUGAUUUCCAUGGAUCUUACAUUCCCCCCUUCGUUCCUUCUCAGGCGCUUGAAGGAUUUGGUGUGUCCAAAGUUAUACUGUCAGAUAAUCCAAGUUUCAAAGCUGGUGAUUUCAUUUCUGGGUUUACUGGCUGGGAGGAAUAUAGCAUCAUCCAUAAGACAGAGCAGUUGAGGAAAAUUGAGCUUGAUGAUCAAAUUCCUCUCUCCUACCAUCUUGGUCUCCUUGGAAUGCCAGGUUUUACUGCUUAUGCAGGAUUUUAUGAAGUCUGCACCCCAAGCAAAGGAGAAUAUGUGUUUGUAUCUGCUGCAUCAGGUGCUGUAGGUCAGCUUGUAGGUCAACUUGCUAAGUUGCAUGGGUGCUAUGUAGUUGGAAGUGCUGGCUCCAAGGAAAAGGUUGACCUUCUAAAGAAUAGGCUUGGAUUUGAUGAAGCUUUUAACUACAAGGAAGAAGCAAACUUGGAUGCAGCUCUAAAAAGGUAUUUUCCGCAAGGCAUCGACAUCAACUUCAACAACGUGGGUGGCGACAUGCUUGAUGCUGCACUCCUUAACAUGAGGAUUCAUGGCAGGGUUGCAGUUUGUGGAAUGGUGUCUCAGAACAGCCUUUCUAAUCCCCAAGGAAUAUACAACUUAUCCAAUCUCAUAAUAAGGCGCAUCAAAAUGCAGGGUUUUCUGCAACAUGAUUACUUGCACUUAUACCCUCAGUUUUUGGAGCUUGAUUCAAGUUAUUACAAGCAAGGAAAGAUUGUAUAUAUUGAAGACAUGAAUGAAGGCUUGGAAAGUGCUCCAGCUGCUUUGGCUGGGCUUUUCCUUGGCAAGAAUGUUGGUAAGCAAGUAAUUCGGGUUGCACAUGAAUGAUUCUUUUGUUUCUUGGAAGAAGCUCACCGAGUGCGUGUUUGGAUGA